AUGCCACCUAAAAAGAAGCCACCCAAAACAAGAGAAGAAAUAUUAGAACAAAAACGAAUAGCUGUACAAUUGAGAUAUCAACGCCUUAAAAAUGACCCUCAAAAACUAGAAGAAAUGAAAGAAAAAGAAAGGCUGAAAUACCAAAAGAAGAAAGAAAAAGGGAGCAUAAAAUUGGUUAAGGAUAUGAGUCGUCGCGAGCAUAAGGCUGCUAAAAAGACUUGGAAAGAGCGCUGUACUAAAUAUCGUCAAAAAAAAAGGGCCAUGAAAGAAAUAACUAAUACUUUUGUCAGGGAAAAUACACCAGAUUCUACUACUGGCCCAACAUUAGAAUGUCCGGCGCCAUUAAGGUCGUCAGAAAAUGCAUUAGUUGAGGCAAGAAAGAAACAGGCUAGAAAGAAACGUGCAAAGAUAUUGAAAGAUAAAGACAAUAAGAUUCAACAAUACAAACAGAAAUUGGAAAAAUAUAAGAAAAGAGGUGGUAGAGUCUAG